UUUCCCCCUGCACUACAGCAACCUUCAUAUCCAGUCCCUGUAAUGUGUGCGUGCCGUUCUCUCAACCAUUCCUCCCUGACAUUCCACAGCAGAUGUGGGAUUGACUGCUGGGACACAGAAACAAAGAAAGUCACAGGAAUAUUCUUCGUUUGCAGUUAAAACUACCCCGGACCAAAAAUACAGGGCUUUUCUUCUUUCGCGCUUUUGGCCGAAUCUUCCGUUAGGCAUCACUACACGGACCGCUACAGAAACAUCCGAUUUCUUUGGGGAUUCCGAAACUUUGGGGACUGAACAACCCCAGGCAGGGUACAACGGAACACUCUUAAACAAAUGGUUUCACAUCAUUUGGUCAGGAAAACCGAGCCCAACAAGAGCUUUGGGAAGCUUAAAAUCUAGCUGUAAAGGUCCUGUGAGCUCUACAAUGGCAGAUGUCCUUCAGCUUAAUACCAACAGUCUACAAGUGCCAGGUGAAGAUAGAUCAGCCUCUCCAUCUCCAUCUGGUUCUCCAUCUCCUUCCAGAAAUGAAUGCAGUAUCACACCUCUUACUCCAUCCCCCUCUCCACGGACAGAGGUUAGACCACGUGUGGCUCGUCCAUUUUCUGUGGUUGUUGCGAUAGAUUUUGGCACCACCUCCAGUGGCUAUGCAUUCAGUUUCACAGAAGAUCCUGAGACCAUUCACAUGAUGAGAAGGUGGGAGGGUGGCGACCCUGGUGUAGCCAAUCAGAAGAGUCCAACUUGUCUACUGCUGACCCCUGAUCUCCGGUUCCACAGUUUUGGCUUUGCAGCUCGAGACAGCUAUCAUGACCUUGACCCUGAGGAAGCCAGGCAUUGGCUCUACUUUGACAAAUUCAAAAUGAAAAUCCACAGCACCAGUGAUCUCACUAUGGAGACCGAGCUUGAGUCUGUUAGUGGAAGAAGAGUCCGGGCUAUUGAGGUGUUUGCUCAUGCCUUGAGGUUUUUCAGAGAACAUGCUUUAAAGGAGGUGAAAGACCAGUCUUCCUCUAUGCUGGAAGGUAAUGAAGUACGAUGGGUCAUCACUGUUCCUGCAGUGUGGCGGCAACCGGCAAAGCAGUUCAUGCGAGAAGCUGCAUAUUUGGCAGGUUUGGUGACUCCAGAUUCUCCUGAGCAGCUCCUCAUAGCUCUUGAACCUGAGGCGGCAUCCAUCUACUGCAGGAAGCUCCGUCUACACCAGGUCAUUGACCUCAGUCAACGACCAUUAACCAAUGGUUUAGAUGUGGAUGGGUCUCGCCCUUUUGAUUCCAGUUUUAGGCAGGCACGCGAGCAGCUCCGUAGAGCCAGGCACAGCCGAACUUUUCUGGUGGAGAGUGGUACUGGAGAAUUAUGGUCUGAGAUGCAGACAGGGGACCGGUACAUUGUGGCCGACUCAUGUGGUGGGACAGUGGAUCUGACAGUGCAUCAGAUUGAACAGCCACAGGGCACUCUGAAGGAGCUUUACAAAGCCUCAGGGGGUCCUUAUGGAGCAGUUGGUGUGGAUCUUGCCUUCGAGGCCAUGUUGUGCCAGGUUUUUGGAGCCGAUUUCAUUGAGAGUUUUAAAGCUAAACGUCCAGCAGCUUGGGUGGACCUUACCAUUGCAUUUGAAGCCCGCAAGCGCACAGCGACUCCUGGACGGGCCAACUCUUUAAACAUCUUGCUGCCCUUUUCCUUCAUUGAUUUCUACAAGCAACACCGGGGGCAGAGUGUGGAGACUGCCCUACGAAAGAGCAAUAUGAAUUUUAUAAAGUGGUCAUCUCAAGGGAUGCUAAGGCUGUCUGCGGAAGCCAUGAACGAGCUUUUCCAGCCGACCAUCAACAACAUCAUAAAACAUAUUGAGAACCUGAUGCAGAAGGAGGAAGUAAAAGGUGUGCGUUUUCUCUUCUUGGUUGGAGGAUUUGCAGAGUCACCCAUGCUUCAACGUGCAGCACAAAAUGCACUAGGGCGGAACUGCCGUAUUAUAAUUCCACAUGAUGUAGGACUAACCAUCCUCAAGGGUGCAGUCCUAUUUGGUCUAGACCCCACGGUUGUCCGAGUACGUCGCUGCCCAUUAACAUACGGUGUUGGGGUUUUGAACCGCUUUGUGGAAGGCCGACACCCCCGUGAUAAGCUUCUCAUCAAAGAUGGCCGAGAAUGGUGCACUGACAUCCUGGACCGCUUUGUAAGCGUUGAUCAAUCGGUGGCCUUGGGUGAGGUGGUGAGACGGAGUUACACUCCAGCAAGAAUGGGACAAAGGAAGAUCAUCAUCAACAUCUACUGCAGUGACACUGAUGACAUAACUUACAUUACCGACCAUGGGGUGAGGAAGUGUGGUGCCAUCACGCUAGAUCUGCUUGAGUCAGGGGCAGUUGCAGCUAGCACUUGUGAUAACGAAAAAGGAUCAGCAUUUGAACGCAGGGAGAUUCGCACGACAAUGCAGUUUGGAGACACUGAGAUCAAAGUCACAGCUGUUGAUGUGGCAACCGGCAGACUAGUGCGGGCAUCGAUUGACUUCCUAUCCAACUGAUCCUAUUGUGCUGUUUCUGGAGAGAACUGGAAUGUGAAGGACAUUUAACUACAGAUAAUCUCAUCAAUUAAUGGCUUAAAUAAUAGCUUUGAGGUUAAAGAUCUGGAAAUCCAAGGACUACAAAAAAACCCCCUGAAAGGCUGAAUGAUAAACUGGAACAUUACUGGGAUUUCCUGUACUUGUGCAAAGCACCAGCUAUGAGGAACGUCUCUGAAUUAAGUGCACUGUAAACAUUGGAUAAGAAAGAUUCUAAAUUAUAAGCAAUGAAAUUUCAGUUUGGACAGUAAGUGCAUUUAGUAGAAUUAUCAAAUAAGCGUACAUUUUUAUUUUUAUACAUUUCCUACUUGUUUAUUAACACAAAGAAAGUAGUUUUAGCUCAUUUACUCCUUGCAAUUAUUACAGUAUGUAGGCAUUAUGUUUGCAGACACUUCAUUUUUUGUAAACAUUCUCUAGAAGUACACUAAUCAUUUAAAAGCUUGUAUCAAGACACUAUGUUUUUAAAUUAUAGUUGCGCCACCUGGAGGUAAGAAGAGGAAGUGACGGGCUGUUAUGUUAAAAGAGAAUAGACAACAGAGAAAGUUAAACAUUUCUGAUUUUUUGUUGUUGUUGAGGUACAAAAAAGGUAGUUACAUAAUGAAAUGCAAUAUCUAAACAUUUUCUACCUGAUUGUAAUUGUAGUUUAUUUGCUAUAAGAUCCUGUUCAAGACAUUUAGGUUUGUUUUUUUUCAAGCACCAUUAGAAAAGCUAAAGCUUAAGAAACACUACCUCUCAAAACUUUAAAUUAUUCCAGGCCUGAUUAUGACACUUUUAAUUUCAUCUGCCUUGUAUGAACGAUGUUGAUGGCUUUUUACCCAUCCAGGACGUAUGCAAAGUUCAUUUUUAACAAAAAAGGGUUCAAAGACAUUGGUAAUAUUAAGUGUGCUGGACAUCAGCCUGGCAUCAUACUGUUAGCAUAUAGUCCUACAAAUUUUAAUUUAGUUUAAUACAUACUAUGAAGCUGUUUGUAUACU